GCACCAGUGCGCAGCCUUCACCGCGACAGCUCGACCGACCACCAGUCGACCGGUUCAUAGAGUUUUGUUGGUGACCAACUGACUGGACUGACAAUGGAUAGCUCCUCCGAUGCUCAUGGAGAAGAGAGUGAUGUACAGAGCUAGCCGCACGAACUUCUCUCCCUCGCCACCGUGCGUCUUUGGUGGGGGGAUCGAGCAGCAAGCAAAGGAGUCGGCGGACCCUUGGUGCGGCGGGCCCGUCCCUGGUGCAGCAGUGCGAGGUGCUGCAGUAGAUGUCGCUGUCGUGGGCGGUGCAGUCGAGGAUCCAUUCGUUGCUAGCCUUGACGUUGGUGGCGGCCGCCGCGGCCACGGCAUGCCCGCCGAGGCCAAGGCCGCCGCCGCCGCGCUCGUACUGGCCGCCGGUCAAGUACUACCCUUGCGCACCGCGUUCGUGCUACCAGCCGCGUCACUGCUGCUACUACUACCCACCUCAUUGCUAGUGCUAGCUUGGCUUCGGUGGUGCUGAUGAUGAGCCAGUACUACUGCUUCAAGGCCACCUACGUAAUACGGCCGGCGAGCCGCGGACGGAGGCUGGCGAGCGGCAGGCUACGGGCGAGCAGAAACCAGUGCGAGUAGGCGAGCCGCAGGCGGAGGUGUCGCGGUCCAACAGCGGCGGCCGGUGUGGGCGGCGUGAGCCGGCAAGCUGGUAGGAAGGCAGUGCAGCUUCCUUGCCGGCGACGAGUUUGGAUUUGGAUUAUAUUGGAUGGAUUUGGAUUAAGGGGAGCUGGAUUGGAUAUGUUGAAAACUAAUUGUUAGGAUUGGAUUGGAUGGAUACUUUAUUUAAUUGGACAUCAAUUGGAUUUCUUCUUUUGAAUUUUGGAUGUCAAUCCAAUCCCACGAGUACCUACCGGCUAGCUCGAAGAUAUGAGUACCUCAGUCAGUACUUCAGUAGAGUGACAUUUGUGCAAGGUUGCCCGAUGACAAUCCAUGCUUUUGAUGGCACAAUUAGACAGAUAAAUUGUGCAAUGUCUCAGACUAACCAACCCUUGCAAAAUGUGAUUGCAGGCGUCACAAGUGCGCGGCGUGCUUCCGGCAGUUCAACAAGAUGGAGCACCUGGUGGAGCACAUGCGGGCGGCGCGGCACUCGCCGCACGAGCCCCGCUGCGGCGUCUGCGGCAAGCACUGCAGCUCCUUCGAGGCGCUCAGGGACCACCUCGGCGCCGGCGGCUCCACGCUGCCCAUGGCCGCGGGCUGCGCCGGCGAGUUCGCCGCGCGCGGCUGCAAGCUCUGCCUCCGCGUCCUCGCCGGCGCCGCCGCGCUCCGUGCCCACCGCGACUGCCAGCUCUCGCGCACCCCGCCGACGGCGAGGCUGCCCCACCAGCCGCAGCCGCCGCAGGGAGGAGGAGGGCGGGCGCUGGCGCUGGGCUGCAAGAUGGUCGGCGCCGGCAGCGACGGCUCCCUGGACGUGGUGGCGCGGGUGUGCGUCGUCGACGAGCAGGAGACCAUCGUGUUCGAGACCUUCGUGAAGCCGCUCAUCCCGGUGACGCACUACCGGUACGAGACGACGGGGAUCCGGCCGGAGCACCUCCUCCGCGACGGCGUGACGGUGAAGAGCGCGCAGCGGCGGGUGCAGGAGCUGCUGCUCAACGGCGAGCAGCCGUGGAAGGCGCGCACCAGCCGGGCCAGGCUGCUGGUGGGCCACGGCCUGGACCACGACCUCGACGCGCUCGGCGUGGACUACCCGGGCUACCUCAAGCGCGACACGGCCACGUACCCGCCGCUGAUGAAGACGAGCAGGCUCAGCAACUCGCUCAGGUUCCUCACGCACACCUACCUUGGCUACGACAUCCAGACGGGGCACCAGGACCCCUACGAGGACUGCGUCGCCGCCAUGCGCCUCUACCACAGGAUGAGGCAGCAGCGGCACCCCAGGCGCGGCGGCGGCGCCGACGAGCCGGCGGCGAGCGCGGAGCAGGCGUUCCCGGCGUGGAGGCAGCGGGAGCUGGAGCGCAUGACGCCGGAGGAGCUGCUCCAGCUCUCCACGCCGGACUACCACUGCUGGUGCCUCGACGACUAGCCAGCCAUGGCUAGCUCCGGCAGUGCUAUGCGUCAUCACGUCGUCCCAUGACGACGACGCGGACGGAUAUGAUUCUGCACCGAUCAGCCAUGCGUCAGCUCCGGCUCAAAGAAUUGCUCUAUCUAUCUAGUAGCUCUUGUAAAGUGUGUGCGACCCAUCCGAUCCGUAUAAUCGAUCGAGGGGGCGGAUGAGCGACAGGAUUUGGAUCCGUUCCAUAUAUACGCGUGUAUGAUCGAGUAGUAAUAUGAUCCACGAUGCAUCAAUAGUACGAGUGUCACUGUUAAUCUGUUAUCUUAGGCAAAAUAAGUAUGGAAUGAGAAAGUCACAUGUAAGUGUUGUUUCAGAGCUCA